UUUGCCCCAUGUCCCACUAUGCCCUGCGCGGGUUCGGUGACCUCGCCUGUCCGUCUGUGUGUUGGGAUGUCCGCGAUGUUUAGAAAGGCAGUCCGCGGGUUUCUCGGGCCCAGGAACAGAUUAGAUCUUCAGCAACAGUUUGGGUUCAGAAGAGCACCAAAGAAAGAAGACCCACCGCAGUUAAAGUCACAGAAGAAGAAAGAAGCGGACAGUGUUAGUGACAGACAUGUUGAACAGCAGCAGAGCCUGCAGAAGAGUGGACUGUCUCCUGAGUUUGACUAUCACACGCUACAGACUGUCCCAUAUAGCAGACUGUUUAAACCUUUCUGUUUUGCUAUAGGGUUCAGUGGGGUGAGUUUUGUAGGAGCCUCCAUCUGGCAGUAUGAGAACCUGCGCGUGCUGACCCGCCGGCUGAUCGGACUGGACGGAGACUUCUUCAGGGACAGAAUACACCCGCCGAAAACUGGACAGUGGAGACGGGAGAUUAACAAGUUUUGGCAAAAUCUAACAGAAGGACAGAAGGUUGUUUCAGUAAUCAUAGGGUUGAAUGGUUUAGUGUAUGCGCUGUGGAGAAUACCUCAAUGUGGACCCACCAUGCUGAAGUAUUUCACAUCAAACAUCGCAUCAACUGCGAUCUGCCUGCCCAUGGUCCUGUCCACCUUUAGUCACUACUCCUUCCUACACUAUGCUGUGAACAUGUACGUGCUGUGGUCAUUCUCAACCAGUGCUGUCGCUAUUCUGGGGAAGGAGCAGUUCACGGCCUUCUACCUCACUGCAGGAGUGUUGUCCAACCUUGCCAGCUAUGCAGCUAAAGUUGGGUUUCAGAGGUUCGGGCCUUCACUUGGGGCUUCAGGUGCCAUCAUGGGUGUACUGGGUCUAGUGUGCACCCAGGUUCCGGAGGCACAACUUGCCAUCGUCUUCUUCCCGUUUGUAACAUUUACGGCUGGGUCGGCAAUUAAGGUGAUCAUGGGGCUGGAUGCGGCAGGUGUGUUGCUGGGCUGGAGGUUCUUCGACCACGCGGCACAUCUGGGAGGGGCCUUGUGUGGGAUUUGGUACAUGCUGUAUGGACACAAACAGAUCUGGCAGAACAGAGAACCUGUCAUGAGGGCGUGGCACAAGUUGCGGGACCCCCAGCAGCCUCCGCCUAAAUCAUGAACUUCACAGGACUGACAACAACUGUUCAAGUCAUGAAUUCUGCUGUUGACUGCCUUAAUGUGAAGACUUUAUGUGAAGAUUUAACCUCUCUUGUUGACAUACAUAUACAGGAGCUGUGUGGAAAGAUGUUGGCUGUAUCAAAAUGUACAAUUUGUAAACCAUGGACUGACCAUUGGAAAGUAAAUUCAAGCUACAGUAAUGUUUUUAUUGUUUUUACAUGUAGUGCUAUAGCCAAGUAUCCAGCCGUAUUAUAGCUAACGAGUCACUUCUCUCCUCUGCGUAGAGACUCAUUACCUAUCAUACGACUGGGUACCAGGCUAGUAUAGUGCUAUGUAGAUUUGAUUAGAUGUGAUUUUUU